UGCGCCACUCCUGAGUGCGACACGAGAGAGCGUGGAGUCCUUUGUCUGCCUAUAGCACGGAUCAGUAAUGCCCCGCGGGAAACUGGCUGCCGACGAGAUGGGCAGCAGUGCGUCAGCAACAGUCGCCAACGCAACAUGCUUCACCGUGGUAAUCCGUGGGGACUCCACCAUGGCCUUCACGAUAACUAAGCGUUCAGGCCCCCGUCCACGUCAUGCGAAACGAAAUUGCUUCUAACCAUGCAGAAGAGGAAACAAUAUCUAGGAGCGGAAGACUUCUACAAAGGCAAGAGAUCACCACCCUUUCUCAAUACAAUGGAAGUGUCUGUCCCUAACCCUAUGCCAGGUCUAAGAUUGUUGGAUUCUAAGUUGGCGGCGAUACCGAUUAUCGUCGCUUUUGCACCCAUUAAAGUCAUAGCGGCCGGAGGAUUCUUCGCAGUGGCGCAUCUCAAGAACCGACAAACCACGAAGGACCUAGACUACCUGCUGGAACCCGACUGGGCCAACGACAAUGACAUCAAACAAUCGCUUCGCGAGGCAAUUGUGCAGGUAGCGGAUGAGCUCGGCUAUCCACAAAACUGGGCAAAUGAAGAUGUCGCGCUGUUCGUAACCAAGCAAGCGAGGAAGUUGCUAAUGGACCUUGCCUUGAAACAGAAUAUUGUACUAUGGUCCGGAAAUCAAAUAACCGUUCUUUCAGCACCGGUCGAAUGGGCGCUGGAACGGAAAUUGCGACGCAUUUACGCGGCAGACCGGGGCCGGAAAGCUGAACUAGAUCUAUCUGAUGCGCUGGCGAUGCUGAACCUCUUGAAGAAGGACAAGGGGAAGAGGCUGGACAUGGAAUACUAUCGCACAUUGAACAUCAACGGCUUCGACGUGGUCCCGGAUCGAGAGACGAUGCAACGAGUGUCGGCCGCUUACAAGGCAAAAUACGAUGAGGAUGUCUUCUUCUGAUCCUACUAUAGAUCGAUGGUCAUGGUCCGACCAGAGGCGACACGUGUUGUUGCCUGGGUGCCUCCGUAGCAGCCAAGGCUGGUAACCUCUCUG